GGAAAAACAAUAUGCAUCACAGGAGUAGGGAGACCACCAAUCACUAAUUUGGGAUUAUAAAUUUGAGUGUGAAACUUACCUGGUAACUGGGUACUGCGGCUAAGCUAACGGAGACGGCGAACAGUAAACGAAAGAGAGCCCAGAAAGACAACUUGAUCUCGCCCCGGAAUACAAAAUUCAUCCAUCUUGUCUACCUGGUCAUCCACAACACGGCAUUUUUGACCCCCAUCAGGGACAGGAAAGAGGAAAAGAGGCAUGGAUGAGUCUUCAAGUCCUGUAAAACCAGCUAAGCCAUGUCGCAGCGAGUCAAAAGGAGCCAAACCUUUGUCCAACAAGCCCAAUAAAGAGGCUUCAGCACAGAGAGAGAGCACCAAAUCAGCCAGCCGCAGUAAAGAAAACCUCACAACAGGAAAGGACGACCAUGAUGUAGGCACCCAGGGAAAUCGUAAGCCUGGCAAGACCACCACGGAUAUCCCCCAGGACAGGGGUAAAGGAAGGCCUCGUAGGCUAACUGGAAGGACAAACUCAGGAGAGAGAUGCAAAGGGAAAGUGGCAGGCCCACAGCAGCAUCCAGUGGGUCAAGGUUCUGACCUCAAAGUUUCUCUUUCUGCAGGCAGAAGCCCCUCAGAUGGCAGUGAGACCACUUCCGUUGUAUUGCCUGGUACUCCAGACAAAGGCCUUACAGAGCAAACCAAGUCCACCAAGGCCAUCUCAGUAAAGGAGAAGUGUAUCGGGGCUAAAACUGGGUCAUUGUUGAGUCAGUCUGUUGAAGAGGAUAAAGAGAUGGGGGUUAUACUGGAAGACGGAACUCUGACAGAACAACAGCUGGGUCUUAAACAAGCAGAGGAGCGCCUCUGCAGAGACUACAUCCACAGAUUGGUGAAGCAAUCCCCUGAGUACCCAAACUUUCAGUACUUAUGCAAACUCUGUUCUGUGCACAUUGAGAACAUACAGGGAGCCCACAAACACAUCAAAGAGAAGCGACACAAAAAGAACAUAAUGGAAAAACAAGAGGAGAAUGAACUGCGUGCUCUCCCACCUCCCUCGCCGGCUCAGCUGAGGGCAGUGGAUGCAGCUGUCCUGGACACAUCCAGACAGCAGGGGAUCUCCGAGGAGGACUUCCAGGUCCGACAGGGAGUGGUCAACAGGAUGGAGGAGAUCAUCCAGCAGCACCUCUCAGCUUGUUCCCUCCGUCUCUAUGGUUCAUGUCUUACCCGAUUUGCGUUCAAAACAAGUGAUAUCAACAUUGAUGUUGUCUACCCGUCCACGAUGACUCAACCAGAUGUGUUGAUUCAAGUGCUGGAAAUUCUCAAGAAGAGCUCUCAACAUUGUGAGGUGGAGUCUGACUUUCAUGCCAAAGUUCCUGUUGUGUUCUGUCGGGAUGUCAGCAGUGGCCUGUUGUGCAAGGUGAGUGCAGGCAAUGAUGUCGCUUGCCUCACCACUAACCACCUGGCUGCCCUGGCUAGACUUGAGCCUAGAUUGAUUCCCCUAGUUCUGGCCUUCCGCCACUGGGCAAGGUUGUGCCACAUUGACUGUCAGGCAGAAGGUGGCAUACCCUCCUAUUCCUUUGCGCUCAUGGUCAUCUUCUUCCUGCAGCAGAGGAAAGAGUCAAUCCUUCCAGUCUACCUGGGCAACUGGAUUGAAGGCUUUGAUUUGAAACAUGUGGAUGAGUAUCAUUUGACUGGAAUCGCGUUGAAUGAUUUUGUUAAAUGGGAAUACAGACCUGCCAGCUCCACAGAAGGACGUGGGGAAUGUAGAGGCGAGGCCAGGGGAGAAGGCAAGCCUAAAUCAGGGCAGAAUAAAUCCAAUGAGGCUCCGUAUGGAGAGGGCUUGUCCCGCUUGACUCUGAACCUUGGCAAAGGUGUGUCAUUAGGACAGCUGUGGCUGGAGCUGUUGCGCUUUUACACAUUGGAGUUUGCUUUGGAAGAAUACAUCAUCACCAUCCGGCUGCGGGAGCUGCUCUCUAGGGAAGUGAAGAGCUGGCCUCGCCGCAGGCUUGCCAUUGAGGAUCCUUUUGCCUUGAAGAGAAAUGUUGCACGAAGCUUGAACAGUCAGAUGGUCUUUGAGUACAUCCAGGAGCGCUUCCGCACAGCUUACAAAUAUUUCGCUUGCCCUCAGAGCAGGGGCACAGGGGGGUGCCAGAAAAGCAAGAAAACUGGCAAAAAAGACAUGAAGUUUGAAGAGGUGGGGACAAAGGAGGCUUUGUCUGUAGAGUCUGGAGAAGCUGAUGGGAAAGAUGAAAUAAGUCUGUGCACUGGAAGAAGGGAAGAGUUGAAGGAGGUUGAGAGUGAUGACGAGGAUGGUUCAGAUCUAUCUGGAAAGAAGGAAGAGAAGACACUGGAUGCCAGCCUUAUGGACAUGGUUCUUAGUGAUGGGGACAGCUCCACAGAAAGGCCGACAUUCGCUCCCCUUUCCCCCAAUGGCCUGCUGGACAGUGACAAAGAGGGGGAGGAGGAGGACGAUGAGGAGAGCAAUGUUGCCCAGAAGGAGGGAUUUAUGGCAUCUGAGGAUCUGCAUUAUGUGUUUGAUUGGAUGAUUUUCACUGGUGGGAAGCCUCCAACUGUUGUGUGCAGCAUCUGCAAAAGAGAUGGUCAUCUCAAGGAUGAGUGCCCUGAAGACUUUAAGAAGAUUGAGCUCAAGCCUUUGCCCCCUAUGACUGACCACUUCCGGGAUAUCCUUGAUGGGCUUUGCAGACUUUGUUAUCAUGAGCUGUCCCCUUCGCCGAUUGAGCAUCAGAAGAGAGAGCAGAUUCUUGCCAGUUUGGAGAGGUUCAUAAGAAAAGAGUACAAUGACAAGGCUCAGCUGUGUUUGUUUGGUUCCUCCAAGAAUGGAUUUGGUUUCCGUGAUAGUGACCUUGAUAUCUGCAUGACCCUUGAGGGUCAUGAGACUGCAGAGAAACUGAACUGUAAAGAGAUCAUCGAAGGCCUUGCCAAAGUGCUAAAGAAACAUACAGGUCUAAGAAACAUCUUGCCUAUCACAACAGCUAAAGUGCCUAUUGUUAAGUUUGAACAUAGACAAAGUGGCUUGGAAGGAGACAUCAGCCUCUAUAACACUCUGGCUCAACAUAAUACUAGGAUGCUGGCUACAUAUGCUGCCAUAGAUCCACGUGUCCAAUACCUGGGAUACACAAUGAAGGUCUUUGCAAAGCGCUGUGAUAUAGGAGAUGCAUCCAGAGGAAGUCUCUCAUCCUAUGCAUACAUUCUGAUGGUGCUUUACUUCCUGCAGCAAAGGCAGCCCCCUGUUAUCCCAGUUCUCCAGGAGAUCUUUGAUGGAAAGAAUGUGCCACAACGGAUGGUGGAUGGCUGGAAUGCAUUCUUUUUUGAUGACCUGGAGGAGCUGCAUCAACGUCUCCCUGAGCUGCAGCAGAAUAAGGAGUCGGUAGGAGAACUUUGGCUAGGCCUGCUGCGAUUUUACACUGAAGAGUUUGACUUCAAAGAACAUGUCAUCAGCAUCCGGCAAAGGAAACGUCUCACCACCUUUGAGAAACAGUGGACCAGUAAAUGCAUCGCCAUUGAAGACCCCUUUGAUUUGAACCAUAAUCUCGGUGCUGGAGUUUCUCGCAAAAUGACAAACUUUAUCAUGAAGGCUUUUAUAAAUGGGAGAAAGUUAUUUGGUACCCCAUUCUAUCCCCAGCCUGGCACAGAGGCGGACUACUUCUUUGACUCCAAAGUAUUGACAGACGGGGAACUGGCACCCAAUGACAGGUGCUGCAGGAUCUGUGGCAAGAUUGGCCAUUACAUGAAGGACUGUCCGAAGAGACGCAGGAUGAAGAAGAAGGAAAAUGAGAAGGAGGAGGACAUAAAGGAGGAGGAUCGGGAGCCAAGGGAAAGGCGUUGCUUCCAGUGUGGUGACAUGGGUCAUGUACGGAGGGACUGCCCAGAGUACCGCCAUCUCAGACAGAGGGCCACUGCAGGACCAGCUCCCCACAUGGUGCGAACAAUAGUGAGCUCCCAGUCCAUUCCAAUUCCCCAGACAGCUCCUGACCGCCCGGGAAGGACCAGACAACCUUCUGAAUGUUCUGAUAGUCGCCAGACUCCGCCCUACUCUCCCCAGCCCACCCCAUUCUCCUCCCAGUCCUCCAGCUCCCCACAAUCUUCCCAGAGUAAGGCCAUCUCUGCUGGUCCCCCUAAGCAGCCUGCUCAUCCCCAGGUUCCUCUUUCUCUCUUUAGCUUCCCCACUUCCCACCCAGGCCAGUACCACCCAGGUGGACUCCCAACACUGGGGCUCAUGUCCUCCCACCAGCACCAGUCACAGGGGCAAUCCCAUCACCCAGUUCAUAUUCCCUCCUCCUCCUGGCCCAUCCAUGGACCCAUCCUCCCGACAUCCUCCACCACUGCACCCUCCCCGCCGGGUCUGAAGUUCCCCUUGCGUCCAGCCUCCGGUAAUGGAAAUCCCACAAGCUCAGGGGGUAGUCCCAGCCCCAUGAAUCUUAAUGAUCCCAGUAUCAUCUUUGCCCAGCCAGCAGGAAGGCAGCUUACCAUGGGUGGCCCAGGACGGGAGGGGCACUGGCACAGUCACCUGUCACAACAAGGGUCUCUUGUGGGCAAUGGCACUGUGGGCAAAUCAGAGCCAGGAUACCAGGCUCAGUUUGGGGGUGUAACCCAAGGCUCUCGGUCCUGGGAGCACAAUAACACGCCCCAGUACUCUCUCUCGCCAUCCUGGCCCUACCGCAUGCCUCAGAACUUCAUCCAGCAGGGCAAUGGAGGCUACCAACCUGGCAAGCCCUUUUUGGCCCAAGGUUCCGUCAUGCAUCCCAAUCAGAAUUUCCCACUGGUCCCCCACGUCCGGCACCAUGUAAAUCUAAAUUUCAUCCAGCAGAAGAAGUGAACUUUCAUCUCUGUUUAAUUAGGCUGAUGGUCAAUACCAUAACAAAGCAACAUGUAAUCUUGACUUUGCAUCAUUUGGUCACAAGAAUUUUUAAAACGAAUUUUAUCAUUUUUGUACAGGUUUUUUAUGUUUUUUUUUGUCUCAUUACAUUGAUUUGUGAUACAAAUGUCAGAUAUUUUAAUACCCCUGUUUUUGAGGGGGUCCAAAAAGUGUUUUUAUUUUAUGUAUAAAAUAAAGAGGAAAAAGGUAAACCUUUAUUUUUAUUAGCUGUAUUCAUACUUUGCUUGCCACAAGACAAAGGCUUUUAAUAGACACUUGUUUUAAAAACAACCUAACAUGUCACCCCUAAUUAUGUAGUGCCAAAAGGAUGGAUAGCAAGAAAAAAAAAAAAUCGCAACAUUUUAAAGCUUGAAAAAAAUAAAGAAAAAGCAAAUAA